GCCUCGGCGGCGCGGAGCGGGCUGAGGCGGGGGCCGCGGGUGGCUGACAGGAAACCCGGCGCUGCGCGGGCGGGCUCGGCCCUCGCCUUCCCUUCCGCCGCGGGCCGCGCUCCGCCUGCCGGCGGCCCCUCAGGUGUGCGCGGAGCGGAGCGGGGCAGAGCGGAGCGGAGCGGGGCGGUGCAGCUCAGCGCAGCGCUCCCCGAGCCCUCCGGCCCGGCCGCCGUUACCGCCGCCGCCUCCCGGCGGGCCCGUCACGUGGGGCGGCGGCGCUGCCGCUGCGGUCCGUCCUCCUCCACCUGCCCCGCAGCGCCGGCCGCGGCCAUGGGGCUGCGGCGGGAGGCGCCCGCCCCACUGCCGGCUCCCCGGGCGGCGCGGUGGGCCGGCCCCGCCGGCGGCUCGGCGUAGAGGAGAGGAGAGGAGGGAGCGGAGCUGCCGCGGUUCCCCCCCCCCCCCUCCCUCUCCCCGCUCCCCGCCGCGCUGAAGGGCAGGCAGGCAGGCGGCGACCCGCCAUGGAGAAGGCAGCGGCCGCGGAGCUCCGGCAGGGCGCGCUGGUGCCGCUCACCGCCAUCUGCCUGGUGAAUCUCUUCUUGACUGGGAAAAUAGAGAGUGCUGUUACCUCAUUAGCUGCUUGCAGUGGAGAACUUGAACAGCACACAGAGAGACGGGGAGUCAUUUAUAGUCCUUCCUGGCCACUAAACUAUCCUCCAGGUGUAAACUGCAGCUGGUACAUUCAAGGAGAUCGAGGAGACAUGAUAACAAUCAGUUUUAAGAAUUUUGAUUUGGAAGACUCUCAGAAAUGUGCAGUAGACUGGCUGAUGAUUGGCCCAUCUUCCAAGAGAGAGGAGUACAAAGUGUGUGGAUCUUCCAUCCCUCCAUCAUUCAUCUCUGCAAGGGAUCAUGUUUGGAUAUUUUUUCACUCAGAUGCAUCAAGCUCAGGACAGGCUCAGGGAUUUCGCCUUUCUUAUAUUAGAGGAAAGAUUGGUCAGGCUGUGUGCCAGUCAGAUGAAUUCCACUGCGCAAACGGAAAGUGUAUUCCCAGUACUUGGAAGUGUAAUUCCAUGGAUGAGUGCGGGGAUAACUCAGAUGAGAGGAACUGCACUGUCCCUCCGACAGAGCCUCCGUCCAGCAUCUGUCCCUCAGGAACAUUCCAGUGCAGCGUAGCCCACUCCACCAAGUGCUUGAUGAAUGAGCUGAGGUGUAAUUCCGUUAAGGACUGCAGUGAUGGUUCAGAUGAAGACAAUUGUCCUGAUCUUUCCUGUGGCAAAAGGCUGGGUAAUUUUUAUGGAUCUUUUGCUUCCCCAGACUUAUUCCGUGCUGAUCACAGCAGGUCAGACCUUCGUUGCACAUGGUACGUGGACACACAAGAUAAUCGGCAUGUUUUGUUGCAGUUUGACUUACAGUUAGGCUACAAUGACUACGUAAAGGUGUAUGAUGGCAUUGGAGAGAGAGGUGAUAAAUUAUUGCAAACAUUUUCGUAUCACAACAACAGACAUUCGGUGAGCGUGGAGUCAUCAAAGGGCCAGCUCACUGUCUCGUAUCAUGCCCGCUCCAAGAGCACUGGUCACGGGUUCAAUGCAACCUAUCAGGUGAAAGGCUAUUGCCUCCCUUGGGAACACCCCUGUGGAAGUGAUGAGGAGUGUUUCACGGACAAGCAGCAUUGUGAUGGCUGGUGGCACUGUCCAAAUGGCAAAGAUGAGGAGAACUGUCCAGCUUGCCAGAAGAAUGAGUACCCAUGUGAAGGAAACAGUGGGCUUUGCUACUCAAUACUUGACCGCUGUAAUAACCAAAAGAACUGCCCAGAUGGCUCAGAUGAAAAAAACUGCUUUUCUUGCCAGCCAGGAAACUUCCAUUGUGGUACAAAUCUGUGCAUCUUUGAGACUUGGCGCUGUGAUGGCCAAGAAGACUGCCAGGAUGGAAGUGACGAACAUAACUGCCUGGUGAUAGUUCCCAGGAAGGUCAUCACAGCUGCUCUGAUCGGGAGUCUGGUUUGUGGCCUGCUGCUGGUGAUAGCACUGGGUUGUGCAUUUAAAUUAUACUCUCUGAGGACCAGGGAAUACAGAGCAUUUGAGACACAGAUGACACGACUUGAAGCAGAGUUUGUGCGGCGAGAAGCUCCACCUUCCUAUGGGCAGCUGAUUGCACAAGGGCUCAUCCCCCCAGUUGAAGACUUCCCCGUGUACAAUGCAUCACAAGCCUCUGUGCUGCAGAACAUCCGAACAGCCAUGAGGAGACAGAUGAGACGUCACUCAUCAAGACGAAGCUCGUCUCGGCGGCGCCUUGGCCGUCUCUGGAACAGACUCUUCCACAGACCUCGGGUGAGAGGACAGAUCCCACUCCUGACACCUGCCCGCACUUCACAGACUACACUGGGUGAUGGAAUCAUUAACCAUGCUGAAGGGACUACCAGGAGUCCUCCACCUUCACCCGAGGGACCUAAUUUACAGGCAGAUGCCCAUGGCCAUGCCAGGGGCCUACAAGAAGCUGGAUGUAGCAGCUUGCAGCCAGAGACUGAAAUCACAGAGCCAUCACCUUCAAAUGUCUUACCUAAUACUUGCACAGCUGUACACACAGAGCCUGAGACUGGACACGCUGAUAAAUCUUUAGGUGCUGAGACCUCUGGCAGUGAGCUUAAGCAGCCCAGUAAAGUGGAUUCAGGAAAGGCUUUCAGAGAUCCUUUGUCUGAAAGUGUUACAGAAAUGAUCCAUGGCGGGUCAGCAUCCAGGAGGACUGUCCCAGAAGGCAGUAAUUUAAGUAGAAGUCAACCAUUGAGUGAAGAGCCAUGUAGGUUACCCUUAAAAAAGUGGGAGUCUGCUUAUUCAGACAGCCCUGUGAAUGUUCAUAUCCAAGUGGAAGGACAAAACCGGUGUUGCCCUAAUUCUCAUCGGGAGGAGCCUUUGGGUAUUCAUGCGGCUUGUUGCCAUUCUGUGGAAGUGCCAAUGUUAGAGUCCUCUACCCCCCUCUCUGAAGUCAAUACAAGUGAUGAUGAAUCUUUACUUGUUUGCUAAUAAAGUCUUUUGUUUUGGCCCUGUAAACUUUGUAACUUCAUUGUUUAUAUGACAGUGCACUUUGAUUUUAGGUGGUCAGUGCUCUCAACUUUGCCUGUCAAAAUCAGUGUGCUUUAAUCCCCAGGGAGUACAAUGCAGGACUAAAUGGGACAGGUUUCUGUCUUUGUUGCUAUUCCUGAAACUCCAGUGGGGCAGAAGUAGGCCAGUAUGUGAUGUCAGGGGCUAGGAGAGCUAGAAUGUGCCAUUGCAGGUUGGAGGCAUCUCCAUCCUCUUAUUUCUUCUGUGUUUUUAUUCACUUUACAUUCAGGGAAUUUGUGUUUCUUUGCUUUUCAAGUGGUCUUACUGAAAUCAGCGCUCUGUUGGAACCUGGGGCAGGCACCAGAUGUGACUGAGUACUAUACAAGAAAUAACAUCGUCUUUUUAGACAUCAUAAUUUAACUAAAGUUUAAUAGUUUUAAUUCAAAAUAUUUAGAAAGUAAUAAAAUGCUUUGUAGCUCCCUCUUCAUAGAAGUUUGUUUCCUUUGCCCCCUUCCAAAAUGUUUUGAUGGCCAUAUGUACCUUAAAGUAUCCACUAAAACCAAAGUCUCUAUAUAGAAUAUGCAGAAUAUCAGGUUUCCUAUCUGUUAUGACUGUAGUAAGAAAUCAGCAGUGUUCAGUACAAGUGGAGUUCUUUGAACCCCAUUUGCAGCAAUAUUUCUUUAUGUAGUCAUACAUUCAUAGUAAUGUUGUGAAGGUUGAAGAAUUGUUUGCUUUCUCCUUGCCCUCUUUUUCCCCUCCUCUCUUCUGUCCUGUUUUCAGGGACUUUUAUGAUUUAUAUCACUUUGGUUAUACCCUGAAGGUUACUGAGGCUUCAUAGCUCCUGUUGGCCACAAUAGGAAGCACUGAACACUUGGUAACUGUCAACAUCAGACUCUUUAUUUUGUGAUAAACUCUGCUUCACAAGUUUGCUUAUAAAUCUGUUACCUAGGUGCAACUGUAUAUUUUUAAGAGGAUUUUAGAAGUUUGCUUUUUUUUUUCUUUUAAGAACUGAACUGAAAUAGGUCAGUGCCAGUUUCAAAGCUGACACUGUGUGGAUUGUAUGCUUCUUUAAACUGGUGCCUUUUUCUUUUUUAGAGUGCAAUUAGGAGCAAACAAAUUAUUUACUUGGAAGAAGGGUGACAUUGAUUAAUCAGGAGUGACCUGGUACAGGAUGACAGCUGGUUAUGGUGUGAUAGUUUGGCCUCUCUGCGAUGGAUAGGAUGCAGCCAUGAAUUGGUGUUGGCCACGCUUCCCCAUGCCCUUACAGGAGCUCUGCUUCAAUCCUUGGUGAGGUAGUGACAAACUAAAAUGCUAUAUAUAGCAAUUAACAAGGAAGUUAUUGCUGCUGCUCCUCUGUAAAUAUGAGUGCUCUGAUGCCUGUUUAUUGCUGUAGGAAUUCAAGUUGCCCAAAAUUAAUAAGUGAACUUGUAAAGCUGAGGUAGACUUUGGCAUCUGAAUAAGUGGGCUCUGCUGUCCACAGAUCCUCCUGGCUGCAGCAACACACAGUCUUUUGCUGUGAACAGUUCAGUUUACAUUGAAAUGUCAAAGAUGUUUUUCUUUUAAAUGGGCUAUAUUUUGCCCUGAAACUUUUGCUAAGAACUCCCCUUGGGAGUGCCUUAAAACAAGGAAUAGGACUUCGGCUUCAUCAAAAUGUAAUGUGGGAGAAUUAAAUUGGAGUGAUUUUUUUUUUCUUCAGUUGCAAAUUGGUUUCUGGUCUGUGUGUCCAGAGGCAGAAGAUUCAAAGUCUUUAAGAACAUAGAAGGGAUUGUGGCAAAAUGCAUAAUGAGUAGGAGUAGUAGUUACAUUAAAUAAGUACUGCUAACUCAUUUUUUUCCAAAUGCUUUUGUGAUCAGCAUUCAUUUCAUCAAGGGAAAUGAAGCUUUGAAAGAUAUUUUAACAACAUAGCAUUUGUAAACAUUUCAGGUGCGUUCCACCUUUGCAAGGCCAUGCACUGUAUACUGUAGCCAUCACACUGCCAGGAUUGUUUGCAUCAAAGGCUAGAGAUUUUAGUAUCUUUUUUUUUUUUUUUAAUUUAAAAUAUACAGAGCUGUAUUUGUAAAGUAGGAAGCUUAAUUUUAAUGGGGAGGGAGAUUAUAUUUCAAGGUUGUGAUGAUACGGAGGACCUUCAAAAUAAGUAUAUAUUUAAUUGUGUUACAGAAAUGUAUUUCUAUAAUAAAAUCAUUUUGAUCAUACUAUGCCUUAAAUUAUCACCACUGUAAGGCUCUUAAAAUUGAAAUACAUUGAAAUCUUAGAGCUUCAAAAUACUGCUAUAUUCUGGGAACAACCCUGAACAGCUACCACUGUAUUUUAUUUUAAGAUGUGUAACUUAACAUAAUUUCUUAACUAUAUUGUGGAUAUUUUGCAUACUGAUCCAUUUGGUAACUCAGUGGAAAUUUCAGUGAGAAGGUUUUAUUUUUAGAAACUUAAAAAAUCCAGGUUAAUGAUAAUUUUAUGCUUGAAGUGUAUAGAAAUGUUCACAGCCAUCACUAUUGAAAUUUACAGCCUUGCUUAAAUGAGACAUACAAGCCUGGUGCUUUUGUGAGCACCUAACUUUUGUAUUCUGCAAUACAGUAUUCUCUCCUGGCUUCCCCAGCUCUUUCCUUGGAGUCGAGAGCCACAGAUUUGCUGUUAAUUUUGCAGAAGAAACCUGCACACGUGUGCUGUGAGCACGAACAAGUGCAUCACAGUGUCCUGAAAUGAAGGAAACCACAAAGUCUGCCUUUUCUCCAGCGCUUGUAAGCAUUAAGCAGAGAAUUGACCAUCGUGAAAGAUAAUCCAGUUUCUGUUUCAUGUAAGCUGCCUCCUUAUGUUCAGAAUUUACUUAAAAGAAAAAAAAAAUGUGGAAAACUGCUACUAUGCCAGAAACGUAAACAGGAAAAUCUCAUUGUUCCAUUUCUUUGCUCAGUGGAAAAUAUCAUCACACUUUAAUGACUAUACAACCUAAUCAACUAAUACGUUUUUCUUUUCUAAAUGUUAAGAAUGCUUUUCUGUGUUUUUUAAAGAUUUUCAUUGAAGGGAAACAAAAUAUUUAAGAUUUUAUUUUAAAACAAAAAACCUACAAAACUCCCCUAUCCAAAUUCCCUCAAGAAAACUUCCUAAAAAAACCAUGCUAUUUAGACAGGAAUACCUAAGCCUUUCCUUGAUCUAAGAAGAACAAAAGCUCAUAGGCAGCAUCAAAGGAAAAUAUGCUCUCUGACAUUAAAAUCCGGGGUGUAUUUCUGUCUGAAAUUUUGGCACCAGCUUGUGUAUGACUUGUGACAUCCCCUAAAUGUACUUGUUUUUUUCUAUUCUCUGCUUUUUUGUUUUGUAGUUGUAUACAUUCACUGAAAUACGACAUUUUACUGUAAUGUAUGUACAGGUGUAUGGUUCAGGUAUGGCAUCAUGGUUACCGGUGUUUGCUGGCUCCUGGACAAUGAUACUAUCUGAGUAAGAUGCUGGGCAUCAUCAUACUUUGCUCUUGCUUUUGAUCUCUUAAUUUUUAAUAAAACUCCAUGCGUCCAGA